CUUAAAAACCCUGGAACCACACAGACAGACAUCCCGAGCUACAGGAGAGACAUCAACCAACAGAGAGGAGAACGCUGACCCGGGUCUCUCCUCGAUGCUGUUCUCUCUUGUAAACGGGGCCACACUGUGUGGCGCAGCGGCCCUCGUGCUUCUCCUCAUCUCCACGGCAACGGACUAUUGGAUGCAGUAUCGCUACUCAGGAAACGCAGCCAAUCAGGGCCUCUGGAGGUUCUGCAUCAACCGCAAGUGCCACGCCCACACUCUCAAUGUGGCAUUCUGGGAUGCCACACGUGCCUUUAUGCUGCUGUCGGUUUUGAGUGCAUUUGCUGGAGGGAUUUUGGGCAUUGUUGCAUUCAACAGGCAGAGGAGCCGACAUGUACAGACAGGGGGGAUCGCGCUGCUCCUGUCUGGAUUCUUUGCGCUUCUGGCUUUGACUAUCUACACUGGAGUGACGGCCAAUUUCUUUGGCAAGCGUUACAUUGACUGGAGGUUCUCAUGGUCUUAUAUCUUGGGUUGGAUUGGCAUCAUUUUGGCUUUGGGGGCGGGUGCUUUGCAGCUUUGUGCAUACCAGAGAAACAUCGCUGAACCUGUACCAGCAAGCGUUUCAGACAGCUGAAAUACAGCCUGAACUCCUCAACAAAUGAAACGCUUUAUUCUGGAUUUAUGGCAUCCUGUACCAGAUCUCUAAUCACAUGACGACUCAUUACAAAAACAUUCAAAAGGGCAUAUAAAUACUGGAUGCAACAGACACUGGAUGAAAUAAAUUGCUUUUGGACUCUUUGUCAGUGCCAUGUUUAAUUUAUAGCGUGUUUAUGGUACAUAUGGCAAACAUUUGUAUUUUUGCACAGCAGACCAACAUGGUCCUGGCAUUAAAAACUAAAGACUUUCUUGUCCUACAUGGUCUCCCUAGUACUCUCAGGAGCUAUGGGGCAAGUUUAUCCCAUAGAUGGAGUACAAAUCCAAAUACCUAAAAAUAGGAAAUUGCCUUUUUUCUAAGUACCCAAGAAAGGUCUCAGCUGCCACAUUUUAAAAAG